AUGGCCGAUUCUGCGAGGGUCGACGCUGAGCGACUUCGCUCUCUCGAGAUAGGGAAUGGUCUCUUGCCCGAGGUCAUGAUCUGCCAGACUGUGCUCGGCAUCAGGGUCUACGAGAGGCUCGCAUCUCACAACCUUUCCCAUGAAGACCUCAUUUCGGACUGCGGCAAGGAGUACGGGACGCUGCUGAAGAGUCUCGUUCUCCCAAACGAGGCUAUGAAACCAUCCUCCGGCUUGACCUACUACGACGGCAAGCCGAUGUCAAUGACGUUCGAGGGCCCGCCAAUCCAGCUCGACUCUCUUUCGCACCGCCAGACAGUCGGCGGCUCCUCGGUCUUCUUCCCCAUCUCGAGACAGGCGGCCGCGAGGUGGUAG